ACUCCUCCUCUUUCACUCACGGAGAAGAGCAAAUUAUCUGAGUGGUGUAGCAUGGCCGCUGUGCUCAGGAGUGCCGAUGUUCAACUAAUACUUAGAUCUCGAGUGUAAAUAUCCUACGGUCAGCUGCUAGAUAUAUAGUUAACAGUAGGCUACUACCAUUUAAAGGAGCUCUGAUAGCUCGUCCGGUAUUUUUCCUAUGAGUCGAGACUGGAUUUACCUGGUUCCUGCGCUAUGUGCGCUUGUCUUGCCAGGUGUACAUCAGGUGGAGGGAAUUGAGGUGCUUACGUCCUCAGAGUUGGAGGCUGUCAAUGGGACAGAUGUACGGCUCAAAUGUACAUUUAAAUCUACCCAGCCGCUCUCUGAAGAAACUGUCUCUGUAUCCUGGACUUUCCGGCCACUUGGAAAGUCGUUAGAAAAAUCGAUUUUUCUUUACCACAAACAAGCAUAUCCCCCGAAAGAUGAAACAUUUAAGGAUCACGCUGUAUGGUCUGGUAAUGUAAUGAACGGUGAUGCAUCCAUCACGCUAAGGAAUGUGCAGUUCAGCUUUAAUGGUACCUACAGCUGCCAAGUCCGAAAUCCACCUGACUUCCAGGGCUUUGCAGGCGAGAUCAGCCUCAGAGUCGUUCAAAAAGUUUCAUUCUCUGAAAUUGGAAUACUGGCAAUAGCUGUGGGUGGAUGCAUUGGUAUCGUUCUCCUGAUCCUCGUCAUUUAUAUUGUUGUGCGGAUUUUCCGGAGACGUGGCGAUGACAUGGAUACUGAGAUGGAGCACCGUGAAUCGAAGGAUCAGGUGCUGUGAGAGGGGAUGCCUGACUCAGGGUUUUAGUGACUCUGUGCUGUUAGUUUUCUGUCCGGACUAACACAUUUCCACUACUAGUGAUACAUGACAUAAUUUGGCACAGAAUUUUCUAAUUAUAUGAAAUAACAGACUAUCUACAUGGCAAAUUGAUCUGUAGAAGCUUACUUUUUUCUACUGAUAAUUUUACAGAGUUAUGUUUUUAGUUAUAAUAACCUAUAUUUUUUAUUUUUGACUUUUUAUGUAUGAAAGCUUUAGGUGAGGUCAAUUUUUAUACAUAAAGUGAGAUCAUCUAUCCUUUGUAUUCUUAAAAAGAUAUGAGAUACGAGAAGUUUUUAUGUGUAUAUAAACUCUAAAUUCAUCUACUGUUGCUGCCAAUAAGAAUGAUUGAGAAAUUUUGUCAUUCUUGAUUCUGUGUUUGUCUGUUGCUUUAUUGCAGUUUGUACAGUCACACGUGUAUAUGAUCUGCAUGUAUUCAUAUGUGCUGUUGUGCAUGUGUAUGUCUGAAUCUGUGUUUGGGUGUGUUUCUGUACGUUCAUUAAAUGUGGUUCACAAACAUGUGCAGCAAAAAAAAAAAAAAAAAAAAAAACUAUCCUUUUAAAAGAGCAAUAUGAUUUCUAAAACCAGUUACAACUUUUCUAAAUAUAUAUAGAAUGGAUGGAUUAAAGAGAAACUGCAUGAAAAAAAAUACCGAACAAAUGUAGUACUUGGACGUUUAUUGUUCUCUGUACUGCCCUUCUUAUUGCAUAAAGCUCAAAUCUUCAGUG